AACUAUAUAGAAUGGAUGAGGCUGCAAUCAAGCCAGCAAUUGACAUUAUUGUAUGUGCUUCCAUGAACAAUCAUCAUACUAGUGCUAAAAGCAGUGAUGAUUCCAUUUCCAUUUCAAACCCAAAAACCAAGCCAUCAUCACAUUCAGAGUCACCACCAUUCUUAACUAAGAUCCAUGCAGGCUACUUUUUCAUCUCUCUUUCCUUUGGUGCUCAAGCUUUGCUAUGGAAGAGUUUAAGUGAGCAUAACAAUGAAUCACAAACUCUAUGGCAUGGUUUUAACUUGAUGCCUUCUGUGGCUUAUCUACUACUUUGGUGUCUUGCAGUAGUCAUUGCAACCAUCUUGUCUUUUCUCUAUAUGCUUAAGUGCAUCUUGCACUUUAAUGCAGUGAAGGAUGAGUUCUCACAUCAUAUUGGAGUUAACUACAUGUACACUCCUUGGAUUUCUUAUCUUCUCAUGCUUCAAUCGUCUCCGCCUUCGAUUGUUCCGAGGACUUGUUACUACGAGUUUCUUUGUCUGUCAUUUUCCUUUGUCAUAUUCCUUCUUGAUGUAAAACUAUUCGGACAAUGGUUCACAACUAAAAAGAGGUUUCUGUCAGUGGUAGCAAACCCUGUUAACCUUGUUUCUGUUAUAGGAAACUUGGUCGCGGCUCAAGUAGCGACCGAAAUCGGUUGGAACGAAUGCGCGCUUUCAAUGUUUUCGCUAGGAAUGGUACAUUAUUUGGUUCUAUUCGUGACGCUGUAUCAGCGUCUGACGAGUAAUAACCAGUUUCCUAUAGUUCUAAGGCCAGCUUAUUUCUUGUAUUUUGCUGCUCCAAGCAUGGCAAGUUUAGCUUGGAAAUCCAUCUCAGGUUCUUUUCUCAUCUCAUCAAAGAUGCUGUUCUUUCUCUCUUUGUUCCUUUUUCUUUCUCAGGCUUGCAGGCCAGGACUGUUCAAGAAAACUAUAAAAAGGUUAAACGUUACAUGGUGGAUCUACUCAUUCCCUUUAACAUUCCUUGGUCUAGCUUGUGCUGAAUAUGCUCAUGAGGUGAAAACUAGCAUGGCUUCUGGUUUAAUGCUUCUGAUAUGUAUUGUGUCUGUUCUGGUUUUUGUUUUUCUGAUGCUAUCAACUGUACUCAAAAUUGAGAAGCUGAUGCAUAAAAAAGCACCCAGCAAAUGAAAAUAUAAUGAUGAACUGGAAGCAGAUCCAGCAAAAUUCCUUCCUUUCCAUCAAAAGGAAGCUAAUGAAAGUUGAUCAAUUUUUCCGAAUAUUCUAUACCACCGACACCUCAGAAAAAAGACGUGUCUGUGUCGGACACUGACACCGACACUUGUGAUUAAGUUUAAUUAAAUCAUUUUUUCAAAUUAUUAUCUGUGUCAGUAUGUCAGCGUCGGUACCGUUUUUGGGGUGUCCGUGCUUCAUACUCUGCACUUUAUUCUUCUUACCCAAUCAUCUUCACUAAGUAUAUAUGAUUUGGAUAAAGAACUAACUAUAUUGGAAAGUUAUAAAGUCUCAAAUCAAACAAAACAAAGAAAAGUAAAAGUGCGUAAGCACAUGAGUUGAGUAUAAUUGGUUUGACUCUGGAAAAUCCAACAAGGACAACACACAUUUUAAUGGUACUUGAAACUUGUCUAGUCUCACUAAAAAAUAAAAGUUUGCAGAAAAAAAUUCAAAAAUAAUUUAUAGGUACCAUAAUGAGAAUGAUGGAAUAUCAGGUACUGCAGCUGCAGACCAUUGAACAAAAGAUAAACUUGUUGAGAAAAGGGAAUGAUUCACAAUCGUUAGUGUCAAAAAUAAAUAAAGCUCCAAGGGAAUGGUCAAGAUUGGAUGUGGAACAUUGAAAAGCAACAAGAAUAGAUUCUUAUAAGAUAAGUCACCCCUAAGGACUAUUUCAAGGAAUUUUGUGGAGAUCUUAAGUAGUGAAACAGAAGAUGGAAA